AUGGAAUACGAUUCGGAAUCAAGUUGCGAGGGCCGUUGUACGAAGGACUUUGAGAAUGUGGACGAACCGGCGCGCUUGACGGAAACGCAUGAGAAAUGCGAUCGACGCAACCGCGUCCUGUGCCAGACGUCUGCUUUGCAGACCAUGUCAGAGCAAUCGAAAUUCAACUUGAAUCCAGCCAGUAAGAGCCUUUCUUCACAGGUAAUGGAAUAUUAUCACAAGUACUCCCGAAACUCCAAUCUGGAUCAGUAUUUCUCCCUACCGAAUGCUCCACAGGAGGCUGUCAAGUAUUAUUACAGCGUGUACGAGUUAAGUGCUAAGGUAGGUUCAUCUAACAGGCAAGACUGCAUCGGAGAGGAGUACAAUUUAAAGUCCUAUGUCCCAAGAGAAAGACGUCGAUGGGUAAGGCCUCCGUUGAUUGGACAGUCCUCCAAUACAGACACCUCAUCCAGGUAUGUUCAACCGUUGACAGAUCUCCAAACACCGUCACCUGAUCUGAAAUAUGAUAAGCCUGAAACAAUACACGAGGAAAAGAAUGAGAGUCCAGAGAAGCUACCAGAGAUUGCUGACAGAAAGCUGUCCUCCCCAACCUCCAGUGUAGCCUCUUACAAGCCACUGGAAUGGGACAGUGGUGCAGAUGUCGGUUACUUCAAUUCGCAUUCUCAAAACAAGCACAGUGACAAACGCUUAAGCACCAUAGAACGCAUGGCUUUGGCACGAGGAUGUUCAGCUGCUUUGCGAUUAGAUCCAGAAGGUACUACCGAAUCCGGGAUGCAUUCCGGGAAGAUCACAGUGGCACAGAGUGGUCCAAAAUUGUCAUCGAUCCCCGACGCCAAUUCCACACCGUUGAUCGAAAAUGCGUCAGGAUCGGAGAGCGAAAUAGAGAUAACGCCCAUUGUGAAGAAUCACUUGCCAGGAAUCAUUACGGGCGACAACAUCAAGUCACAGGAGAGGUGUAUUUUGAACGACGCCGUGCAGCAGAAAGCUGCAAUGAAAUCCUCUGUACGAGAAGCAAAUAAUUUCGACACGCCCACGUCAUCCACGUCUACAUUUAAAGUGCCAUUGAUGAAGUACUCGACUGUAGAAAAAAGAUCUAUGAGCAGACGCAAGGAAACCUCGUCCCUGUCGAGCUCUCUGUUGAAGAAAAGCAUCUCGAUGAACGUGUUACCUGCGUCAUCGACGAAGUCCUCUCUGAAAAGAAGUCAGAGCGAGCUGAAUCUACACGCUAAGGAGAAGAAAGAUAUGUUGCCUCUGAUAUUUGACUCCACAUCUUCUAUCGCCACUGUAGUGAAUAAACCUGCAACUUGCGAUAAAGUAAUACAAACCAGUCCGGAGGUGUGCGCCCAGGAAUCCGUUGGCGUUCAGGUCUCAGAUCUCGACGAUAGCAAGCUACCUUUAGCGGAGGGUGAUCCCAAUUUGCAAGCGACGAUACAUUCCAUUUUGAAAAAGUCCAAAGGCACGUAUAGGGUAAAAGGUUCGAAGAAAUGCGACGACUCGCGUCCAGUGGACGAGCCGGAUAGCAGCGCGAACACGAAAGAAAAUCAGAGACAGCGAAGCAGUUCCGGAGAGAUCUCGCAAAACGCGUCUACGUCGGUGACGCCGCAGCCCGACGAGACGGAGAAUGUAUCCGGACGGGCGAACAGUUUCGAAUACUUCCCCGGCCACACUUACGCGAAUGUUCCAAGCGGGAGGGACAGCCACGUCUCCUCGGACACGGGUAGAUCGAACUCCACGUUACCGAACAGCAGUUCUAGCAUCAACGAGAAGCUGUGGGGAGACUCGGACAGUUUGGUCCGUGACUUGGAGAGGAGCGUCAACAUCUUGAAGAGUCUCGUCGAUGCCAACAAGUGCGACAAGCAAGUCAAGAAGAGGCUGAUACAGCACGUAAUCAAGCGGCUCGUCACCGCAAAAUAUACGGACGACAGGAUCGAGCAUAAUCUGGAGGACAACGUUCCCUGGAACCCGGACGACGCCAGAAAUAAGGUCUACAGAGCCGAGUUGCUUCAGGCGUUGGCGAAGAAGCACAGCACCACCGAGUCCUCGGACGAGUGGAACUUGCGGAAGAAAGACACGUCCACGCAGAAGUCCGCCGGUACCACUAGCGACGUCAUAAAGGAAGUAGCGUUGGAGAGCAGCAACAGCGACAAAUUUGACCGCCACACAGACAGAACGGAAAUGGAUGGUAGGAAGGCACGACUGGGACUGAGAACGGACGAUUGUCAGCAGAGCAGCAACACCACGACGGAUCCUGACAAGAGCGAGAGCUCCGAGUGCUUUGUGCCGCAGCGCAAUCACAAGAACACUAAAGUAAACGAGAUUUUCUGUUACAAGGAGAACUGCAAGAUGCCGCACAGGGAAUCGACCACGACGAACAGUAUACCGCCUCCUGAUCACAAUAGGAUUCUGUUGGAUGCCGUUGUGAACAACAGAAGAACGCCUAUCGAGUCCAACAAUAAUACGGAUAACAACACGGACUGGCGAUUACCUACCACAUCAUCGGAGAGGCAGUUCGAGUUGAAGAAGUGCAGUGUGUCUGAAUCUGGCGACUCCAAGCUCGUCAAUUACGCCGAGAUGGAGAAGAGAAAUCAACUCAUCUGGAUCACUAAUGAGAUCAGUCAUCUCUGUAAUUUGAAGAAACUGCUGGAACAACCCAGACGUCUGGAAAGAUCUAAGUCUUCGCCGAGGAAAACCAAAUCAGCGAAUUUCAAAUCGAAACAAACAACAGCGCUCACUUGCAGACGAGAGCAAAGUGCAGGCACUAUGCAUAGAAAUACGUCCGAUUUACAUGACGAUUCCGUCAACGAGCCGUGGUCGUCUCACUGUAACUUGGCGACAUGCGAAGCUGCGAGCGACAGCGUAGCUCAGAGGAUCAUGAAGCGCAACAGUUGCACGCAAACAACCUCAAGCGUAUCCAACGCUUACUCGAAGACCGGAGGGGAAAUUGUGUCUGCAUGCCGAACACGGAACUCGACUGUGAAACGCGUCGCUGUCGGUGUGCAAACACUGUCACGAGAGGUGUUCCUGACGCCGACGACGUCGAUGCAAUCGGAUGUACGUGACACAAAGUACACGAAUGCGCAAGCCCCACGUAUGCGUUUCCAAGGUAACGCCAAAUGCAGAGACCAGACCUGCCAAAAGCACAACGCCCAGGUCGUGCAGCGUACGUGCACGCGAUGCGUCAAUCAGAGCUCGUCUGACACGACCAGACCACGAAAGAGCUUCCCAGGGGACGCGCCAGUUGUCACGCAGCAGACGCAAACAAAUUACGCGAGCGACAAUAGCGCAGCUUUGAUGGAGGCUGCUUGUCAUCACGCAGCCCAGAGCAAUAGCGUCCAACACAAACAGAAAGAGGCUAAAAAUCAAAUCAAUGCUUCGAAAUCAAAAUGUAAUUGCGUUCGCAUCGCGCACUCGUCCGUCAGCGACAAUAAGUACGGAUCAAGCCAAGUCGAAGCUAAGCGGGUGGAAUGUCACAAGAAAGCGUUGUUCACAAUAUGCCCCAUGUGUUCCAAGCAGAAGCCCUUUGCAGAAGUUAAUAAUGGCGUUUGUAAUUGCGGCGUGUGUCAGAAGAAUCCCUCCUGCAUGCGCGAAAAUAAUUCGGGGGAUGGUAAAACGUGUGCUCAUACAAGCGAAUGCGACGAUACGUCGGAUGUUAACGACGCGGACAGGAGGAUCGUCAUCGGCAAGUCCCGACAGAACUGUAACGCUGACGGUCAGAGCAGACGCGUGCUGAACUUCAACGAACAGAACGGCAACGCCUGCGAUUGCACGAACGAUUGCACCACGUGCCAGACUCCGGGAAUUGCGACGGAGACAUGCGAAUGUUGUUCGAGCGGCCAACUCGAGGAUAACGGAUUGUGUCGUUUUGACUGUCGGUUGAAAAUAGCGGAACGUCAACCGCUGACGCAGGUUUACUCCGACAGUUCGCAGAACGGCGACAUGAUCGCGCAACAACGCAAAGUACAAAGUAGCUUAAGAUGCAAUUGCAACGAGGCUUGCUCCUGUAACAAUAAUCAAGCGAGAGAUGUCGUACAAGGGAAGAUGCGCAGGAGUUACGCGUCGAAAUCAAAUUUCGUAGACGACAGCAAUAUCAAUAGGACGGAGAGAAAUUGCAAGCAUUGUCGCGCGUGUGGUGCCAUGUAUCAGAAUACUAGAAAAUGCGGCUGCCGCCAAACGUUUCCCAAAGCAGUCGCGUAUGAAUUGUCGUUCACGAAGGAGAGUACCAUGAAAAGUGAUACCUCGGAUAUUAUUCAGAUAACGCCAAAAGCUCCGUUUGCCAAGCAACCGUCGAAUACUGCGAAAUCCGAUGUCUGUCCUUGCGACAUUAUAAAAAAGAACGGUUCCAAUAAGAACUCUCAUCAAACGGCCACGCUGCAGGACUACUUGUCUAAGAAUAAUCCUGCGUUUAUGGGAAACGCGGAAACGCGUCGACAAUAUCUGUCGGAGAUAUGUCAGCUGCGAGAAUUGAGAAAAGAAAAACGUAUACAAUUAUUAGCGAUGGCCAGCACGUCUAAUAUCAUUAAAUGUACGCAAGUACCGAAGCCAACAGUUUGCGUGCAGAGGAAAAUUAGCGACCAGGAGAUGAAGGAGCGAUUACGUAAGCGGUAUCUCCGGCUGAACGAAGUGCGAUUCAAACGACGACAGCAAGAGAGACAAGAAGAAGCACGUCGAAAUAAACUUAUGGCGAAAAUUUUCUGCAAGAGGCUGCAACAAAAGGUUUUGAGGGGCCAAGUAGAUUUGUCUCAAAGCGUCAGCGUAAUAUCCAACUUGUAGAGUUAUUAAUGCCUAUUCGUGUAGAGUGCCUUUUUAUCUUCGUAAAUAUCCAGAAUGUGAGAGACAUUUCACUUUUUUAUAAACAUUCAUUAUCGUUACGGACGGUAGAAGAGUUUUAAAAUACGUCGUUUCUUGAAGACAAUAGAAUCGAUUGUAUUAUUUCAGAUAGUUGCGUUAAAAUUUUUAUUAUUAUGAUAUUCUGUGUGUUCUACAGUAAAAUUACACAUUGAGACUUGAAUUCAUGACUUAUUUAUGGUUAUCGAAUAUAUUGCAGGUGAUUAUAGCCUGACCUAAAGUUACAUGCGUAACUUUAUAAUCGAAUUUAUUUUUAUGCAAACGACAUGACUAUAACCAGUACAAAUUGAUAUCAAACGUUUUUUUUUUAGAAAAAUUUUAUAUAUUACAAGUAGGAACACAUCUUUCAGGGGAGGAUGUGGUUUUAUCAUUUAUUAUAUUAUAUAGAAUUACAUAAAAGAAACGUGUGUAUUCUGACUUGAUCCUAAACAUAAGCGUCCUAAACGUAGGAUCAUUUCAACAUAAAAUCGAAAAUAUUAGCAAUAAUAUAAUUCAUGUUUAUUCGUUACAUAGUAUAAAGAAGUUGCAGUUAUAUAGUAAAACAUAUCACUGAUAUACCACCGAUCAAAAGUGAAUGCUUUAAAAUAGGAAGCAUAAUUAUAUUACGUAGUACCUGAAUCUCGUAGCGGGAUUGUAGCCACAGGAGAACAGAAGAGAGCAUUGCUUAUCUUCCCUAUAGAUCUGAAAAGUAUAUGUACAAGUAUGAAAUACUAAAAUCAAGAUAAAAAUUCUGUAAAAUGCAUGCUAUCUGCAUCUCUGUGGCUACGAGUUCGUCUACGGUAUAGUAUAUCAUAAUACUUUUUUAUUAUAAAGUGUAAAGUAAGAUUUGCUAAUAAAUUCUUAAAAUACAUGUAAUCUAAAAAAAAACGUCAUCAGGAAUUUGCAUUUUAUUUAUCUAUUUAUUUUCUUUCAUGUUUCUUUUCCUAUUUUUUUGCGAGUCUGCCAGACACACUUCGACUUUAUUUUAUUAUAUUUUUUCAGUCACCACUGUGGUAUCUAUAACGGCUAUAAGAAUAAGCGCUGUAAUUUAUAUACGUCUUAAGAAAUAAGUUCACAAAAUUUGCUCUUUUCAUUGUUACUCUUACAUAAAACGCAUGCACUCGCAAGGGAAUUUACUAAUUACAUUUGUUGCAGAUUGCAGUUAUUUGCAAGGUCGUUGUAAAUCGUUGUUUUACAGCUGUCGUUAAUACAUUGCAACUUUAUAUUACUGAAUUGUCUCAAUAUAAUACGUGAAGAGAAAAAUAAUGAUAGACCAUUUAAAGA